AUGCGAGAUGCCGAGACUCUCAAGGUUUAUUCAGAUAGAUACUGGGAAAUGUUUAAUGAAAUAGAGGGAGAGCAUGAUGAUGUGGCCAUAAGUACUUUCAAGGCUGGCCUUCCAGCCGAACAUGAUUUAAGGAAAUCUCUAACUGUGUUUCAGGAGCCAGUGCAGCAGGUAUUAGAGAAGAUAAAGAAUGAGCCCUUUUUUAAUUGGCCAAACAAGAUGGCAGGAGAGCCUAAGAGAUGCAACCCGAACCUUUAUUGUCACUAUCAUCAAGAUCAUGGGCACACGACGGAGGAUUGCAGGAACUUAUGGAACCAUUUGGAGCAGUUGAUCCGAGAGGGGAAAUUGAAGCAAUUAUUGCAUCAUUCCAGUAGUAGGGUAAGCCAGGCAGGCUCAGAAAUGCAUGGGGACGCUUCUUCAAGACUCCCCCUUGGUACGAUAAACGUUAUUUUUGCCGCCCCAAGGAGGAUUGGAUCUUGUCCUUCCAGGGUACUGUUGGUGUUCCGACCUCCGGCUGAGGAUCAUUGCCAAGCGUUGAAGAGAGCCAAGGUGGACGUCCCCCUGAUUUUGGGCUUUUCGAACGAGGACAAGGUUGGAACCAUACAGCCCAAUGAUGAUGCUCUGGUAGUCACGCUGAGAAUUGAUGGGUACGAUGUAAAAAGGGUGAUUAUUGAUCAAGGUAGUGCUGUUGAUAUAAUGUACCCAGAUUUGUAUAAAGGGCUAGGUCUGAAGCCAGAGGACUUAGCAGCCUACAGUUCCCCUCUGGUGAGUUUUGAGGGAAGGAUGGUUACUCCAAAAGGACAGAUCAGACUACCUGUGCAAACCACUAUGGAUGUGGUGGAGGUGGACUUCAUUGUUGUAGACGUUUUCUCUCCAUACACGGCUAUUAUGGGCAGACCUUGGCUUCAUACCCUGGGAGCAGUCUCAUCUACUUUACAUCAGAAAGUGAAGUACCCAUUUGGAGGGCAAGUAUUGGAGAUAGUAGGAAGCCAGGUUGCAGCUUGGCAAUGCCUGGUAGCGGCUAUACAACAUUGGCCAGAGGCAGAGACCUCGGCUACCGCCGAUAAUGGAUUAUAG